CCCCAACCCCACCCCUCUUUCUGUUUCCAGAUCAAGAACCACAUCACAUUUUCCUACAUUCUUUUUUCUCUCUUAAAAACUCCCAAAAAUAUAUUUUAAAAAAAAAAAAACCUAAGAAAAGGAGAGAGAAAGAGAAAAAAAGAAAAGGAAAGAAAAAGCAUCAUUAGUAUUACUGAGAAACAGCUUUUGUUUCCUUCAUAGAAUAAUGAAUCAGCUCUGAAAAGACAAACUCUCAGUUUCAAUGCUCUAUGGAAUCUGUAUUUUUCAAGGAGGCGGUGGGCGUAUGGAAUUUUGAGGAUUGGAGGUCUAAGUGAAUUAGGUGACCGAAGUAGAGGGGAGUUUUCGUUCAAUGUCAGGAGCUUCAAGGGUAAGGUCAAUGAAUGUAGCUGAUUCAGAAGCAAGGCCAGUUCUUGGACCCGCUGGGAAUAAGGCGCAGAAGUCACCUGGUUCAAGAAAAUCUGUUACGAGACCUACGCGAAAGACAGUGAAGUCAAAAGAGGAGGUCGAGAUAGACGAUAAAAAUGGUCACCAACCAUCCCCUUCAUUGCUUACUUUUGACGUUCCUUCAAUACUUAGGCGACAGGAGUCAUUGUAUUCCAACCUUUCACUUAGUGCUUCAUGUUCUUCUGAUGCCUCAACGGAUUCAUUUCACAGCAGUGCUUCAACUGGUAGGAUAUAUAGAAUGAAUAGUACCUCAAUUAGAAGGAAGCAACUGGCAUCGAAGUCCAAAAGGAUGGUUUCGGAUGAUAUAUCAGACUCUUCAAUCGACGGUUUGCAAUCCAAGAAAAGAUGUGCCUGGGUGACACCUAAUACAGAUCCAUCUUAUGCUAAUUUCCACGAUGAAGAAUGGGGAGUUCCAGUCCAUGACGACAAGAAACUAUUCGAGCUCCUUGUCCUUUGCGGGGCAUUGGCUGAACUCACAUGGCCUUCCAUUCUUUGCAAGAGGCACAUAUUCAGAGAAGUGUUCGCAGAUUUUGAUCCCAUAGUAGUGGCCAAGUUGAAUGAAAAGAAGACUUUAGCUCCUGGAAGUACAGCGUGCUCACUAUUAUCAGAACUUAAACUUCGAGGCAUCAUUGAAAAUGCUCGUCAAAUGCUGAAGGUUAUGGAUGAAUUUGGAUCAUUUGACAAGUAUAUCUGGAGCUUUGUGAACCACAAGCCUAUAGUAAGCGGAUUUAGAUAUCCUCGUCAGGUUCCGGUGAAAACAGCGAAAGCGGAUCUGAUUAGCAAAGAUCUAAUCAGGAGAGGUUUUCGGGGCGUUGGACCUACUGUGGUUUACUCUUUCAUGCAGGUUGCUGGUAUUACAAAUGACCAUCUUAUUAGUUGCUUUAGAUUUCAUGAUUGUGUUGAAUCUGCUGAAGGUAAAGUGAAGGAUCCGAGCAACGAUGAAACUGAAGCAAGACAAGCCAACGAAGCCACUGAAACAGAGAUAAGUAGAUCGAUCGAUGACUUGAGUUUCUCCUCUGAGUGAGUUUCCUCUUUGUGUUAUUCCGGUGAUAUAAAGACUUGUAACAACUCGUUAAAUUCACAUAGAUUAGCUGCAAAACUGGUUGUGUACAUAAAUGAGUCGAUAUGUAUGCAUAUCAUAGAAUUCUUGAGAUUUUUAGAUUUGCUAGAUCAAGAUUAACUAGGGGUAACUUCUGUUCAUGUCUAUAAAUGAAUGAAGAUUUUUGCAGUUA